GUGUCCGGGGGCGUGUCCCCGCGGGCGGCGGUGCCGGGGGGGCCAUGGCGUGGUCCCGGUACCAGCUGGGCCUGGCCGCGCUCAUGCUCCUCACCGGCUCCAUCAACACCCUGGCGGCCAAGUGGGCCGACAACUUCAGCGCUCCCGGCUGCGAUGGGACGGAGGAGCACAAAUUCCAGCACCCCUUCCUGCAGGCGGCCGGGAUGUUCCUGGGGGAAUUCUCCUGCCUCCCAGUGUUCUACCUGCUGCUCCUGCGGGAUCGGCGCCGCGCGGAUCGGGAUCGGGAUCGGGAUCGGGAUCGGGAUCCAUCCCCGGCCCUGUCCCCAUCCCGACCCUUCAACGCCCUGCUGUUCCUGCCCCCCGCCCUGUGCGACAUGGCCGGCACCAGCAUCAUGUACGUGGCUUUGAACAUGACCAGCGCCUCCAGCUUCCAGAUGCUCCGGGGCUCCCUCAUCAUCUUCACCGGGCUCCUCUCCGUGGCGUUCCUGGGCCGGAGGCUGGAGUGGAGCCACUGGGCGGGAAUUCUGCUCACCAUCCUGGGGCUGGCGCUCGUGGGAUUGGCGGAUCUGCGCGGGAACCCCGGCGGCACCGGGCACGGGCUGGCCGACGUCAUCACGGGUGACCUCCUGAUCCUGCUGGCCCAGGCCAUCGUGUCCAUCCAGAUGGUGCUGGAGGAGAAAUUCGUCUUCAGCCACGACGUGCACCCGCUGCGCGCCGUGGGCACCGAAGGUCUUUUCGGCUUCUCCAUCCUGGCGCUGCUGCUGGUGCCGCUGUCCUUCAUCCCGGCGGGGCGUCUCUCGGGGAACCCCCGCGGCGUCCUGGAGGAUCCCAUGGACGCCUGGUGCCAGAUCCGCCGGGACCCCCUGAUCCUGGCGGCGCUCCUGGGCAACAUCGGGAGCAUCUCCUUCUUCAACUUCGCGGGGCUCAGCGUGACGCGGGAGCUGAGCGCGACCACGCGCACGGUGCUGGACAGCCUGCGCACGCUGCUGGUCUGGGCGCUGAGCCUGGCGCUGCGCUGGGAGCGCUUCCACGCCCUGCAGGUCCCGGGAUUCGCCCUGCUCCUGGCCGGGGCCGCGCUCUACAACGGCCUGCACCGCGCGCUGCUGCGGAGCGCCGGGAAUACCGGGGACAGCGGGAGCGGCAGCCGGGAGAGGGAAGCGCUGCUGGGAGGGGACGGAGAUGGCGGCAACAUCCAGGGAUGAGCGGGGCUUCCUUGGGAUCGGCAUCCUGGCGAUUGGGAUUGGGAAUUGUCCCUGCGGGGAAUGUCAGCUGUGCCGGCUCUUCCCGGUGGGAUACGGACCCAGAGUUGGCUCUCCUGAAGCCUCUGCCCCAUUCGUAGGGAUUGGGGUGGAAUUAGGACUGGAUUGGGAUUGGGAUUGGGAAUUGUCCCCGCAGGGAAUGUCAGCCAGGGGUGGAGAGGCUGUGCCGGCUCUUCCUGGUGGGAUACGGACCCACAACCGGCUCUGCUGGAGCCUCUGCCCCAUUCCCAGGGGAUUGGGAUUGGAUUGGGAUUGGAAUAGGAUCAGGAUAAAUUUGGGGCUGGAUUGGGAUGGGUUUGGGGCUGGAUCCACUCCCUUCCCAACCCAUGUUCCCAAUAAAGCCCCUCUGCCCCUUCCAUGGGGAUCUCUGGGGGGAAGCUGUGGAAAUUUAAGAA